UAUGGUAAGGAUAUUUUUGUUGGUGGGACAAGCACAAGUUCUGCUACUUUGGUAUGGGCAAUGACUGAAUUGAUGAAGAAUCCUAAAGUCAUGAAUAAAGUCCAACAAGAAGUAAGAUCAAUCAACCACGAGAAUAUCAUUGAUAAUCAUCGUGAAGUCAUGUGUUGCCAUGUCCUUGAAGAUGAUCUUGAUAAACUAGUUUAUCUAAAGGCUGUGGUGAAAGAGACGUUACGAUUGCAUCCUCCAGCACCACUCGCAAUUCCUCAUCUUGCAACUCAAACGUGUAAAAUAAAAGGAUACGAAAUUCGUAAAGGAUCUAUUGUCUUUGUCAACUUGUGGGCGAUUGGAAGAGAUCCCAACUACUGGACAACACCCCAAGAGUUUUGUCCCGAGAGAUUUAUAGAGAAUGCAAAGAAUAUUGAUUUUAGAGGUCAUGACUUUGGAUUUAUCCCUUUCGGGGCGGGUAGGAGAGGCUGUCCGGGAUUGAACCUAGGAGUUGUAAAUGUGGAGCUUGCACUAGCUAAUCUACUUUACAAAUUUAAAUGGGAACUUCCUCAUGGAAUGAAAAAAGAAGAUAUUGAUUCAGAUGUUAAACCGGGUGUGGUAAUGCAUAAGAAAAAUGACCUAAUUCUUAUGGCUAAAGACUAUUAUUAA